UCAACCCCUUUAUACCGACCCCACCUCUCAGGAUCCCGGAGUACCGCCCCGUAGGGGGAGGGGAGGAGGAGGAGAUUUCGAACGCGGUUUGAGUCGCCCGGGCACCCGUACUUGCGAACCGUGGAACCCUGGUCACAGGGAAAGAGGGAGGUGUUCGGGUUUGGAGGCUCCGGUGGGCCUCGCGGCCGGCCGGGUCCCAACUCGCCCCGCGUGGGGAAUACGAGCUCGAGCCGGACCCGGGGGCGACGCGCGGAGCGGCUGGUCCAGUCAUGGCAGACUACUGGAAGUCGCAACCAAAGAAAUUCUGUGAUUACUGCAAGUGUUGGAUAGCGGACAAUAGGCCUAGUGUUGAAUUUCACGAAAGAGGAAAGAAUCAUAAGGAAAAUGUGGCAAAGAGGAUCAGUGAGAUUAAACAGAAAAGCCUGGACAAGGCAAAGGAAGAAGAAAAGGCAUCAAAGGAGUUUGCCGCAAUGGAGGCAGCUGCCCUGAAAGCAUACCAAGAGGAUUUGAAAAGGCUUGGCUUAGAGUCAGAAAUUUCAGAGCCAAGCAUAUCACCAGUAACAAGCACUGUCCCACCCACCCCUGCAUCAAAUCAGCAGAAGGAAAAGAAGAAAAAGAAAAAAGACCCCUCAAAGGGCAGAUGGGUAGAAGGCAUAACCUCUGAGGGUUACCAUUACUAUUAUGAUCUUAUCACCGGAGCAUCCCAGUGGGAGAGACCAGAAGGAUUUCAAGGAAACUUAAAAAAGACAGCAGGGAAGACUGUUUGGGUAGAAGGAGUAAGUGAAGAUGGUUAUACCUACUAUUAUAAUAUAGAAACAGGAGAAUCCAGAUGGGAAAAACCUGAUGAUUUCAUUCCACACUCUGGCGAUCUGCUUUCUAGUAAGGUCAAUGAAAAGCCACUUGGUACCCUAGAAGAGUCUAAAUCAUCAGAUUCUCAUAGUGAUUCUGAUGGGGAAGAGGAAGCAGAAAAAGGAAAGGCCUCUACAGAAACACAAAAGCCAAAAAUAAAGUUUAAGGAAAAAAAUAAAAAUAGUGAUAAAGGAAUUGAACCAGAAACACAGAAAGAAAAAAAUAUCCAAGACCAAAAUUCAUCAGGUCCAAAUGAAGAAAAAUCCAAAGCUCAUAAAAAGUCAAACCCAUAUGGGGAAUGGCAAGAAAUUAAACAGCAAGUUGAGUCUCAUGAGGAGGUAGAUUUGGAACUUCCAAGCACUGAAAAUGAAUAUGUAUCAACUUCAGAACCUGAUACUGGUGGGCAACCCAAAGUGAUAUUUAAAGAAAAAACAGUCACUUCUCUUGGAGUCAUGGCAGAUGGAGUGGCCCCAGUCUUUAAAAAGAGAAGAAUUGAAAAUGGAAAAUCUAGAAAUUUAAGGCAACGAGGUGAUGAUCAAUAAUUUAAAAAGAGCUUUUUGUAUUUGCUUUUUGGACAGCAUGGAGACUGUACAUCUUGAAGUUCCUCUGUGUUUGUUUAAAUGCUAAAAAUUUAGAUUUAUUCUAAAUGUAUUUUAUGUGAAUCUAAAAUAAAUCUUUUUUCAUGUGAAACUUA